AUGCCAUCCGUUGACGCAACCCCCACGGUCCCUGACCAACUGAACAAUGACCAAUCGCAAACUCUCUCCCCCUCUAAUGGAGUGAAGGGCGCCAAUGGCGAACCCAAUUCCGCCUCCCCUGUGAUUCAAGCAAUUCUCGCUAGAAGAGCCAAGGCUGGGAAGCUCGUCGCUGGGGUUGCUGCUGCAUCGGACAGCGAUAUGUUCAAAGGGCCCCAAACGGGGAAACCAAAGGCAAAGCGCUGGGAGAGCCAUUUGACCAAGGAAAGUUUGAGCAGGAAGCCUUGCACACUCAAACAGGCAGCAAGGCAUUUGAAACAGCCGGGUCUUAUUUCCCUUGGCGGCGGCCUACCCUCCAGCGAGACAUUCCCAUUUGCUGAAAUCGGCUUCAAGGUUCCGGCUGCUCCUCACUUCUCGGAACAGGAGACGCUCGACAAAGGACAGACUGUCACCAUUGGCAAAUAUGACGUCCGUGACGACAAUGCCGUUUACGACCUGUCAGUUGCACUCAACUAUGGCCAGUCUACCGGCUCACCACAGAUGCUGCGUUUCUUGACCGAACACACGGAAAUUGUAUGCAACCCUCCUUAUGCUGACUGGCGCAUCUGUCAGACAAUUGGGAGCACGGGAGCUUUGGAGCAGGCCCUGAGGAUGUUUUGUGACAAGGAUCGUAACGACUCCGUCUUGACAGAGGACUUUAGCUUUUCCACUGCUCUCGAAACCAUUCAUCCUCUCGGAAUCAAGGUGUUUGGCUGCCCUAUUGACGACCAAGGGUUGGUGCCCGAGGCCAUGGACCAGCUCCUCACAGACUGGGACGAGAAUUCUCGAGGAGCCAGAAAGCCUCACGUUCUCUACACUGUUCCCUCUGGCCAGAACCCCACAGGAGCCACCCAAGGCCUCGAGCGCAGAAAAGCCAUUUAUGCCGUCGCUCAGAGGCACGACAUGUUCAUCAUUGAGGAUGAGCCCUACUAUUUCCUCCAGAUGCAGCCUUACACUGGCCGUGAUAAGCCUAGGGUUCCUCCUCCUACGAGCGUAGAAGAAUUCCUGUCGUCUUUGGUGCCCACUCUCGUUAGCAUCGAUGUCGACGGCCGUGUGCUUCGAAUGGACUCGGUAUCUAAAGUGCUUGUUCCUGGGUCCCGACUAGGCUGGGUUGUUGCCUCUGAACAAAUCAUUGAGCGGUAUAAGCACCAUGCCGAAGUGGCCAGUCAAGGCCCCAGCGGCUUCUCUCAGAUCCUUUUGUACAAGCUGCUCGACGAGACGUGGGGUCAUCAAGGCUAUCUGCAGUGGCUGAUGAACCUCCGCAUGCAAUACACAAAGAGGCGAGAUAUCCUCCUGGCCGCCUGCGAGGACCAUUUACCUCGAGACAUUGUGACCUGGACCCCUCCAGCAGCCGGCAUGUUUUUGUGGCUCAAGGUAGACUAUUCCCAGCAUCCCCACGCCAGCACCAAGGCCAUUGAGGAGGUCGAGGAAGAGAUUUUCGACUCUUGCAUCGAUGGCGGCGUUCUCGUGGCCCGCGGCUCGUGGUUCCUGGCCGACAGGCAAAAGCCUCUGCCCGGGCUGUUCUUCCGAGCCACAUAUGCAGCUGCCAGUGCCCAAAGCAUGGACGAGGCCAUUCGUAGAUUCGGCCAGGCUGUUCGCGCCAGCUUUGCCAAGGAGUAA